AAAAUGCGCCACGCCACCAACAGCGCUCCUAUGACUCGUAUAAAAGCAAAGCGGCAGCGUGAAAUUAAACUUAUUUUGAUUUUUGAUUUGAAUGUGAAUACGUCCGCUCGCCCAGUCGCAGUCCAGUCAAGUCUAGCCGUAGCUUUGUGGUCAGCAGCAUCACCAGCAGUACCAACGGCGUCACCAUCACCAACAGCAGCAGCGACAGCGACAGCAGCAGCAGCACCAGCAGCGACAGCAUCAGCAGCAUCAGCCAUCCAGCAAUCUAGCCAGUCGCAGCUUCUCCGAUUGUGAUGUAGUAACAACCAAAAUCGAAUAAACAUGAUACGAAAGUGUGUGUGUGUCUGACGCGCGUGAAAGCCCCGAUAUAAAGAGGAGUCCAGUAAUCAAAAUCAAGGAUAAUCGAAUCGAAUCAAAUCGAAUCAAAACGAAGCGAAACGUAACAAACGAGAGUGCGGCGAACGAGCAGUGAAAAGUUGAAUGCCAAAGCAAAGUAAUCUUUGUAAAUCAGCAAAGUGAAUAUCUUUAAAUCCAAUACGUCUUGCUGUAUUAAUUGAAAGGAGGCCGAUCUCUAGUGCCUUAAACCAGCGUUUCACACAGGAAAAUGGAUUACCUCACAAGAUUCUACGAUGGUUGGCGGGAUCUGAUGGACAACAAAUCGGAUCCCCGAACACAGGGCUUCCCGCUCAUGAGCUCGCCGUUCCCCACGAUAGCCAUCAGCCUUACAUAUGCGUACAUCGUCAAGGUGCUGGGCCCCAAGCUCAUGGAAAACAGAAAACCCUUCGAGCUGCGCAAAGUUCUGAUUGUCUACAACGCGGCGCAGGUGAUCUUCAGCACUUGGCUGUUCUACGAGUCCUGCAUAGGCGGAUGGCUGAAUGGCUACAACUUGAGAUGCGAACCCGUCGACUACUCUUACUCACCCAAAGCGAUACGUACGGCCGAGGGAUGCUGGUGGUACUACUUCUCCAAGUUCACAGAGUUCUUCGACACCUUCUUCUUUGUGAUGCGUAAGCGCUACGAUCAGGUGUCGACCCUGCACGUGAUCCACCACGGCAUUAUGCCGGUGUCCGUCUGGUGGGGCGUCAAGUUCACCCCCGGCGGACACUCGACGUUCUUCGGAUUUCUCAAUACCUUUGUGCACAUAAUCAUGUACACGUACUACAUGUUGGCUGCGAUGGGACCGAAGAUGCAGCGCUACUUGUGGUGGAAGAAAUACCUGACGGUGCUGCAGAUGAUUCAGUUCGUCCUGGUCAUGGUGCACUCGUUCCAGCUGUUCUUCAAGAACGACUGCAACUACCCGAUCGGCUUCGCCUACUUCAUUGGCGCCCAUGCUGUGAUGUUCUACUUCCUAUUCUCCAAUUUCUACAAGCGGGCCUAUGUGAAGCGCAAUGCCAAGGAAAAGGCAGCCUUGAAGGCCAACGGACAUGCGAACGGCGCCAUCAAGACCCUGAAGGACGGCGACGUGCCGCCCACUCGGAACGGCCAACUCAACGGUUCUGCGAACGGCUUCCACAACACCUUCUCCAAAUUCACCACGGAGAUGUGCAAUCCGGCGCUGAAUACGACGACGCGACAGCGGGCGCUCGUCAACGCCGGCAACAAGUAGAGCGCCGCCAGCCAGCCAACGCCAACCAGCCAGCCAGCCAAACAAGAAACAAACAUAAGCAUAAAUUAAUUACGCUACCAUUUAAAUUACCGUACGAUUAAAUUAAUCAUAAGCAUAGGGAGUCCAAGCCUAAUCUAAGCCAAAUCGAAUUCGUAAUCAAUAUCCAACACAUACAACAAAAUGGAAAGCAUAUUUUCAUGGAAAUCCAAUCCAUAGCGAUCGCACCAC